CAGCAGCAGAGGCACACUGCAGUUGGCCAGUGAGGGAAAGGAGAUUUGAGAUUUUUUUUUUCUUUCCCGACAAGAAGAAGAAGCAGAAAAAAAGAAAAGAGAGAGAAGCGUUGAGACGUGAAUAUUGGGACGUUGUGUUUUCCUGACGUGUCGACUGAAUCUGAGUCUUGAGUCUGUCACUUUGAGGGGAGAUUAAAAAAAAAACAAAGCCCCCCCCCCAAAAAAGGAGAAGAGCUGUCACUAUGUCAAGAGUUGCCAGUCUGUCCAAACUGCGGCAGGAGAGGAUGAGGGAGAUCAACAUGCGGAAUAAAGAGAGAGAACAAAUGAGGGAACGGGAGAAGGCAGCCAGAGAAAGGGAAGCGUGUUACGGCAACGGUCACUUGUUCACAACGUUGACGGUGUCAGGAACUACACUGUGCACGGCCUGCAACAAGAGCAUCACUGCCAAGGAGGCGCUCAACUGCCCGACAUGCAACGUCACCAUCCACAACCGCUGCAGAGAUACUUUGCCAAACUGUGCCAAAAUGAGACAGAGGACGUUUUGUCCUUUGUUAUCGCAGCAGCAGAAGACAGUCCUGUUGAGGAAUAACUCAGGUUUGCACAACGUCACACUGCGCGCAAAAACUCCAGGAAUGCGUGAACGUCCAACCUCGGCGAUCUACCCCUCCGAGAGCUUCCGACAGACCCUGCUGGGGUCACGGCGAGGUCGCUCCGGCCUUUCACUCUCCAAGAGCGUCUCCACCAACAACAUCUCAGGCGCUCUGAACGACGACUCUCCUCUGGGCCUGCGCAGGAUCCUGUCCCAGUCCACAGACUCGCUCAGCUUCAGGGCCAGAGCCAUGUCUGUGGAGUCGCUCAAUGAUGACGGAGACAUUUACUAUACGUCAGUGCUGGAGGAGUUGGAGAUGGAGAUCCAGGACUUUAAGGCAGACUCGUGGAGCAUGGCUGUGGACACCAACUAUCUGCAGGCACAUCGCAAAAAUGUCAUCAAGAGGCAGGACGUCAUCUACGAGCUGAUCCAGACGGAGCUGCACCACAUGCGCACGCUCUACAUCAUGGAGAGGGUGUUUCAGCAGGGCAUGCUGGACGAGCUUCAGCUGGAACUGAGCACCGUGCACUCAAUCUUCCCCUGCUUAGACCAGCUCAUCAGAAUACACUCUCACUUCCUGGCACAGCUGCUGCUGCGGCGCAACAACAGCCUGCAGCCUGGAUCCAGCCACAACUUCACCAUCCACGAGCUGGGAGACAUUCUGUUACAGCAGUUCUCAGGCCAGAGUGGCGACGACAUGAGGAAGACUUACGCCGAGUUCUGCAGCCGCCACUUAAAGGCUCUUAAAGUCUACAAGGAGCUGCUGGCUCGAGACAAGAGGUUCCAGUACUUUAUACGACGGGUGACUCGAGGACCGUUGCUACGUUGCCACGGGGUUCAGGAGUGCAUCUUGUUGGUGACUCAGCGAAUCUCCAAGUAUCCUGUCCUCAUUCAGCGCAUUCUGGAAAACAGCACCGAGGACGAGGAAGAAGCUGCUGCUGUGGCCCAGGCGCUCAGCAGAAUCAGAGAACUCCUUACUUCAAUAGACCAGCAGGUGGAGGAGAUAGAGAAAACACAGCGGCUGCAGGAGAUCCAGGCCAGACUGGACCCCAGAUCUGAGGCCAGAGUGAGAGACGGCAGAGUUUUCAAGACCGUGGAGUUACUGCGACGCAGACUUGUCCACGAGGGAACCCUGUUCUGGAAAACCCCAGGAUCCAGACUCAAAGAUAUACAGGUCUUAUUGAUGACGGACAUCCUGGUGUUCCUGCAGGAGAAGGACCAGAGGUUCAUCUUCCCAAGUCUGGACAAACCCCCGGUGCUGUCCCUGCAGAACCUCAUCGUGAGGGACAUCGCCAAUCAGGAGCGAGGCAUGUUCCUCAUCAGCGACUCCUGUCCGCCCGAGAUGUACGAGCUCCACGCCGCCACCAAGGAAAACAGGAACGUGUGGAUACGACACAUCCAACGCACAGUCAGCAAGUGUCCGUCAAGGGAGGAGUUCCCUCUCAUCGAGACGGAACACAAGGCCCAUCUGAGGAGACUCAAAGCCGAUCUCCAUCAGAAGGACCGGGAGGUGCUGGAGCUCCUGCAGGAGAGGGUGAUGGUGUUCUGUGAGCUGGCAGAGCUGACCAGUGGUCAGGAGGGACUUCAUCCUCCCAUCACUCGCUACCUGUUCCGCGCGGACACACCCCAAGCUCCCCGAGCGGAGAAACUGCUACUGGAUGCAACAGCUGAAGUGGACAGACUGAGUGAACUCCUCCUGGGCUCCAGUGUGGACAUACCUAUUCUCUGUCAUCACAACCACAAGGAGGUGGCAGACACCGGUCCUCAGGAUCUCCUGCUCAACGGAGCCCAUGAGUUUUGUGUCUCAAAGGACAGCAUGAGGAGUCAAGACAAGACACCUUCCUCUGUAAGUAAGAGGCUUCAAGGAAACGAGAUCUGUCAGAGACUGGUGAAUCUCAGUGUUUAUCUUCACGCACUUCAGGGUGCGAUCAUCAAACAGGACUCAAUCCUGGAAAUGCUGCUACAAUCUCAGGACACCACAGUGCCGGCUGGAGGAGGAGGAGGAGGAGGAGGAGGAGGAGGAGCAGCGCGCCCUCUGUGGCGAGACGGCGGAAACCGCGAGGCCAACGUGGGGUCAUCCAUCGGGGAGCUGGCUCUUCUGCAGAGACAACACAGUCUGCUGCAGGACGAGCUGCUGAGACUGCGCGACGCAGAGAACCGCUUCAAGGACAGCGAGAAGGCCCGGGCCAAGCUGGAGAAGCAGGUCCGACACAUGAAGGUCUGCAGUGGAGGACCUGCACCUGACGCCCAGCAGCUGGAGGAGCAGACUUCUCAACCUGUGUCUCUGCGACCUGGACGAGACGACUUCCGUGCAGCUGACACAGUGCAGGCCAGACCGGAGUCUGACUGCGCAGCAGAUGGUCUACAGGACGGCAGUGAUUUGGAGGUUGACAUGACAUCGGAUGAUGAUGACGAUGACGAUGAGACAUCGGAAAACUCCAAAGGUCUUCAUGAUAUUCCAGAGGACCUGUGACUGUCGGCAGGUCACACAUGGCUUAUAAUCAGCUCAUAGCGAUAAUUUAAUGUUACGCCGUUUGACUUCAACAGUUUCUCUCCUUUCUGCAAGUCUUAAUAUUUAUUUAGCUGCUUUUGAGUUGAUGGUUUUGUGACAGUGACUUGUUUUAUUUUCCUUUUUUUUAAUGCUUUGGAUUGUUUGUUUCCUUGGUUUGAUACAAUGACUUGACUAAAGGGCUGUGGGGAAUGGAUCUUGCUCAUAUGUACAGGUUUGUAUUUGUACUAUUGUAUCUUGAUAUUUAAGGAUCAUAUUGUUUGCAACACGUACAUUUCUAAGCUUUAGCGACUUUUAAUUGUGCAAAUCAAAAUGCACUUUGUCAAAUUUGCACAAAACAUGCAGGGCUCGUUACUUUUUAUCCCCAGUAUGUGGGAAUUUAUUAGUCUUAUUAGUAUUUGGAACAGAUUCCUUUCAGCGACUCCAGUCGCCUAAAUAUUUACUCUAUGCUGUAACUGUAUAUUUAAAAUAGUAAAUACUUGAUUUAAAUAAUUGGAAUAUACAUGUUUGUAGUUUAAAAAUGGCUGGAAAUCUAUUUUAUAUUAUAGUGAAGUGAUCAGUAUAAUUGACUGAGGGGAUUUAAAGACAUUUUAAGAGAGCAGAAUUAUUUGUAAGAUAUAAUCUGAACAGAUUUAACAUGGAAAAGCUUCAGAGAUGCUAAAUAAUAUAAAGGAAACAGACAUAUAUAUAAAAUCAUAUAUCAUAUAAGCUCAGAGACUGACUCCAGUCUUCUUUGGCUUUGAUGCAGUUAAAGGUACAGUGUGUAAAAAUGAAGGUGUAAUUAUUUUUAAUUUGAACAGAAAUUGAAAAUAAUUGAAUGAUACUUUUUAAAUGAGUGUUCAAUAAUAAAUUAACAAAUAUCUUCAUUUUGGUUACAUUCAUAUGAAAAGUAAACAUCAAGCAAGAUCAUUUAACACAAAAGUGCCAAUAACUGAAAAAGGAAUAGGCUAAAGCACAAGGGUAAACCCCCAGGAAAUCAGUGAAAAUACAUCAAACAUUACACUUUAGAGUUAUCAAUUCACACUGUAAGCUGUCAUUUUUAUUUAUUUUUUAAUUUUACAUUUCAAUUUUUUUAAACCAAAAAGAGUUUUAAAUAAUUGAAAUUUGUCACUGCUAGUGUCAAACAUAAAUAAUCCUCUUAAAUUUAUAAUUUCCUGUGUCUGAACGCAAACAGGACACUGUAUUAUUCUGUCAUUGCUCUUUUCUGAAGUUUAAUUCACCUGAUUGUUGUUUUUCAUUAACCCAGAUUGAGACAAACUAAACAUCUUUUGAGUUUUGACACUAACUGAAGGCUACAUAACGUGAGAAUUAAUUCAUUAAUGCUAAAUUUUACACACUGUACCUUUUUUAAAUUGCAUGUGAACGACAUUCCGAGAAAACAGGGUUGAACUGAAUGUAUGUCCAGGUGACACUGAACAGAAAUAUCCAGAUAAUAAUGAGAUGUCAACCAUUGCCCAAAGUGUCUUUAUGUCAUACAGAGAUAACAUUCUAAAGUCCAAAUACACUUUCCAUAUUAUUUAUAACGUGCAGUUAUUACCUAAACAAAGCAUCACGGUGUCAUCCUUGCCUUAUUUGGUCUUCUUAUCUUCUGUAAGUGCUUCUACACCCAACUUAAAGGUCAGUGCCUUUUAAAAAAAAAAAAAAAAAAAAAAACCUUUAGAAAUGACUGUUACACGAGGAAAUGAGGGUUUAAAAAUGAACAUGUGAAUCCAUUUUUGUGCUGGAGACACUUCACUUUAUCAAUGUGAAUGUAAAACACUUUUCUUUAGAGGACUGACUCACAUGCACCGAACACAAGAGCCAGAGGUGGCAAGGAAUGAUGUAAAAAUACUUUGUUACUGUAUUUAAGUAGAUUUUUCAGGUAUCUGUGCUUGAGUAUUUAUUUCUCUGAUGACUAUUUACUUUUACUCACGAUAUUUGAAGACAUAUUUCUGUUCUUUCUACUCCUCACGUUGUCAAAAUGUACCGGCCGGUUCAUUUUUCAACCUCUUCGGAUGGCGACGUGACAUAAAAGACGCAAACUAGAGAGGGAAAGGAGCAGAGUGAGUAUGUGCCCAUGGCCUUAUUUUAGAGAGCUACUCAAAUGUAUCUGCGCCAAGAAUGAUGUCUUGUGCUAACCUAAAACCCACUAGCUCAUGUAGAACCUCUGCUCACUUCUUUUUAUACUAGCAGCGGUGCAGGUUGCUAAAAAAAAAAGACCCUAUUUCGUUUGCCGUUGUUAAAAAAGGUAUUGUACAUCACUGAGAGUAAAUUAUUUUUACUUUUGUAUUUAAAUACAUCACAGAGCCUGUACUUUGAAUUUUAAGUUGAAUCAGUACUUUUACUUUAACCAGAGUCGUUGUUUUACACAAAUAUCUGUACUUGUACUUAAAUACAGAAUGUAAGUACUUGCCACCUCUACUAAGAGCCAUAACACAACUAUAUCUUGAAUGUUUUUUUCUUGCAAUGUUUCCUUUCUUCCUUAAACCAAAAGUUAAUGAUACAUUUCUUGAAACAAUACAUUGAAAGGGACAGUGACAUAACAUGUUUUUUGUUUAACUGAUACACUUAGCAGCCCUUGCUAUUGCUUUAUUGAAUUAUUAGCAGACUGCUAAUAAUAAAAUAAAGACCAAGUAAAAAAAAUAAUGUGUUUUUUAUUUUAGCUUUGUACUCUAGUGCUCGUGCUAAAAUGAAUAGAGCCUUCUCAAAACAUGACACAGCACAAAUACUUCCAAUGACACUGAAACAGAUUCUAAAUAACAUCAAUAAACUAUAUAUAUAAAGAUAAGAGUAAUUAAUUCUCUUCACUCGUUGAUGGAUUACUUCAUUGUUUCAUUGUUGAAGCGGCUAACCUGUAGUUUGGAUGAUUCUGUUUUGCAGAGGAAGACAAAUAAAGCACGUAAAAUCAUACUGUCUAUAAUAAUUACAUCGACAUAAUCUAGAAGCAUGUACAUCUACUAAAGUAGUUAAGGAGGUAUUUUUUUUUGAAUGUUGCUGUCUGAUUUCAGGUAAUGCAUUGAUAAUAAUAUAAUCUAUGAAAAAAUAUAGUGAAAAUCCAACAUCCAACAAUCACUAUGGUACGCUUGUUGGUUUGAUGAUUUAUGGGAUUUAUGCCACAUUUUCACACGUUAUAUCCAUCUUUCCGCGAGCUUUAGCUGCUUAACGCGUGUGUGCAUAACAACACAGGGCACAUAAGGCACUUGCUUUUGCAUGUUUUUUUUUCCACAAUUGUUUUUUUUUUGCAACAGAGCUCUAGAUCUAUCUAUCUAUCUAUCUAUCUAUCUAUCUAUCUAUCUAUCUAUCUAUCUAUCUAUCUAUCAAUUGUAGUUAGCUAGAAAUCUAGCAAGAUAGCUAAAUAGCUUGCUUGUUGUUAGCUAGCUAGAUGCUACAGUAUCUAGAGGAGAUUAACCCAUCUAUCUAUCUAUCUAUCUAUCUAUCUAUCUAUCUAUCUAUCUAUCUAUCUAUCUAUCGUAGUUAGCUAGAAAUCUAGCAAGAUAGCUAAAUAGCUUGCUUGUUGUUAGCUAGAUGCUGCAGUAUCUAGAGGAUAUUAACCUAUUUAUCUAUCUAUCUAUCUAUCUAUCUAUCUAUCUAUCUAUCUAUCGCUCUCUCUCAUCAGUCGGCAUAUAUCUUCAGGUUAUACCAAUAUUCCUUUGUGAUUGAUUCAAACUGUCCACAGUUGUCUCUCCGUCUCAGAAUGCACUUGAUUCUACUGUACACGACUGUACAUGUCUAAUAAUAUGAAUGUAUUGUAGGCUGCAUCUCUCUGGAUCUCAAGCUGAAAAAUGUAGAUUUUGUAAACUUUAAAAAAAAUUUAAUAAUAAUAAAGUGAAUGAUGUUCAAAGGCAGAGUGAGACCUAACCCUAAAACAGGGACUAUUGUACUUCCUUUUGCACACCCGUGUGUUACUCAUGUGAAUUGUAUUACCAAAAUAAUGAAAAUAAAAACAAGUGUGAUACGGAAUGUAUUUUGUGUUGUGUUGUGUCGUGUUGAUUUUGACAUCUACCACUGAGAUGAUGCUGCUUUAUUAAACUGUAUAAAGAACAUUCCCUGUAACUGUGAA